AUUUUAUUGUGUUAAAGUGUAGACAAGAAACAGUUGGACGAUUGUUUUUCAUAUUGGACUAAUUAUAUAGAAUUAAUAAUUUGUAACUUUAAGAAUGACAGUUAAGUAACUUUUGUUUAAUUUUGCCAAUAGCAUUUGGCAACUACAGUUCAUUUGUUCUCUCUUGAUUCUCUCCACUUAAAAAUAUAGAGCUUGACUUAUAAAUCUAAUAUAAAUUUUAAGGACUGCAAGGCUACAGCAAUUAAGACAAAAUGGACAUAGAAGACUUCUUCAAGUUAGACAAACCUAUUCAAAGAAUUCAUGUUCCCAUGGGGGCGAGUAGGUCUAGACCAAUGCCACCUAAGAAAAAUGUAUACCCUGACUCAACUGUUCCAAGAGGGGGCUAUGAGUAUGCAAAGGAUUAUCAGAAAAUAGAAGAAGAACAUUAUUUAAAGAAUUACAACACAAUUAGAGAAAAUGGUUCUGUAAAUACGCUAAACAGACUAGAUGAAAUUUCUUCUUGUGGGUUAACAGAAGUUGCUAUACCUGAAAAGGUGACGGAGGUUUAUGAAAAAUUCAACUUUUCUAAACCCCCUCCAAAUAAUCUCAGUAUUAAUUUGUGCAAGAAUCAAAUCCUGCAGACUAUAAAUGCUUCACAAGUCACUAUAAUUCGUGGUGCUACGGGAUGUGGAAAAACUACUCAAGUUCCGCAAUUUAUUCUUGACUAUCAUUAUGAACAUAAGUCGUAUUGUAAUAUUAUUGUUACACAACCCAGAAAAAUUGCUGCAAUAAGCAUUGCAAAAAGAGUAAGUAAAGAACGAGAUUGGCCAUUGGGAGAAUUAGUUGGAUAUCAAGUCGGUCUAGAUGCAAAAGUAAAUGAAGAUACAAGAUUGCAGUAUGUAACAACUGGUGUACUUUUACAAAGACUUAUAAAAGAUCAAUCUAUCAUAAAAUUCACUCAUGUCAUAAUUGAUGAAGUACAUGAAAGAGAUCAAGAUAUGGAUUUUACGCUUUUAGUUAUAAGAAAACUUUUACGAACCAAUUCACCUUAUGUGAAAAUUAUUUUAAUGUCAGCCACAUUCGACACUACUAAAUUUUCUCAAUACUUUGCCACACCUGGAAAAAAAAAACUUGAACCCGCAAUUGUCAUUGAUGUGCCAAAUGCAAGUGCAUUUACUGUUAAAAUAUUUUACUUAGAUGACUUGAAAAAUACUCCUAAUAUCAAUGAACAUUUCACGGAACCUUAUAUUGAUCCUCAACUUUUGAGUACAACUACAAAAUUAAUACAAGCAUUUGAAGAAGUUGAUUUUUUGGAUUUUGCAAAUAAAAUGAAAUCGGAAACUUCUACCUCAAAUGACCAAUUGGAAGCACCUAUAGGAUCUGUUUUAGUAUUCCUUCCAGGAAUUUAUGAAAUUGAAUUAUUUUUUACAGAGCUUCAGAAACAAGUGAAAACCUGUAAACGCCAGUGGCAUAUUCUACCACUGCAUUCGUCAAUCACUUGUGAAGAACAGCAAAGUGUAUUCAGGUCUGCUCCAAAAGGGUUUCGUAAGAUUAUUUUAUCUACAAAUAUUGCUGAAAGUUCUAUUACAGUGACAGAUGUAAAAUAUGUGAUAGAUUUUUGCUUGUCUAAGGAGUUAGAAACAGCAGAAGGUUCUAAUUUUGGAAUGCUUAAAUUAAUUUGGGCAUCGAAAGCUAAUUGCAACCAGAGAGCAGGAAGAGUAGGUAGAGUAGCUGAUGGAAGGGUUUAUAGAAUGGUAACAAGACAUAACUAUGAGAAAUUAUUUAGGAAUGAAAGUAAACCUGAAAUGAUUCGGGCACCUUUAGCAAGGUUAGUUCUUCUCAGCAAACAAUUAAACAUGGGAACACCUGAAAGUAUUCUUGCAUUAGCAAUGGAUCCUCCAGAUCGUGCCAAUAUUAUGAAGACUAUUUUACAAUUAAAAGAAAUUGGUGGACUCCUUGUAACAUGUGAUGGUGAAGUAUCAAUGGUAGAUGGUGAUAUGACUCUUUUGGGUCAUGUAAUGGCAUCGUUACCAUUAGAUGUUCACAUAUCAAAGCUUAUUAUGUUGGGAUAUUUAUUUGGCUGUAUGGAAGAAUGUAUUAUUAUGGGAGCGGCUUUAAGCUUGAAGAGCAUUUUUAGCAAUCCUUUCACUGAGCGUUUGAAAUCUUAUGAUUCGAAAUUGACUUGGGCUGAUGGCUGUAUGAGUGACCCCAUUGCCUACUUGAAUGCUUAUAAAGUUUGGAAACACAGCAGACAGCAAAAUUAUUUUAGUAGAUCAGAGAAUGCAGAAGUUCUUUGGGCUAAAAGAUUUUGUUUGCAAAUCAAAACAAUGAAUGAAAUUGCUGCACUUGAAAUGGAAAUCAAGAAACGUUUGCAAAAGAUGCAUAUUUGUUCAUUGUCAGGGGCUCAUGGCUUUAAAUGGACAGAAGGGGAGAAAAAACUACUGUAUAAAACUGUCAUUGCAGGUGCUUUUUAUCCUAAUUAUUUUUUGCGAUCAUCACAUAUUGAUGAAACUCAUGCCUUAAAAGUACUUGGCGGUAGAAAUCCAUACAAUACAGUCUAUUUUUCUGGGAUGGACUCGAGGCAACCAGGAGAACUAUAUGCUAAACAAAUAAAAAAAGCACUAUCCCAAUGCAGUGAAGAUGUUAAAGUAGAGUUUGAUCAUUCCUCGAAAAUUUAUGCAGUAUUUCCUUCCUCUGAAGAUAGUCAACAUUUCAAUAAAGAAUUAAAUUUAUUAUCUUCAAUUCCUGGCAAAAUUUCAAUAUCUGUCUAUAAGGCUAUCAAAAUGCGGCAUCUACAGAUGAAUCCUGUUCUAAAAGUUCUGAAAUAUGAUAAGUCUAUGGAUUUAGCCAAACAGAAGGGUAUUAAAAAGCAAUUUACGUUUAGUUGGGAAACUAGUUCUAAUUCUGGACCUUUAAAGAGCAGCUUACCUUCAGUUGUUACUACAAAUAUUUCAUUUAAAAUGUGCCAUUUUCUAAACUGUGGCCAUUUUUGGGUGCAUCCUACGACUGCAAAGAAUACCUUGGACACAAUUAAAAAUAUAUUAAAUGAAAACGAAGGUGAAAAGUUAAGAAAAUUUGACAACUCACUCAAACCAUAUGUUGGACAAGUUUGUGCCUCCUUUUUUGAAGGUGCUUAUUAUAGAGUCCGAGUUGUGGAGUGUGGAUAUUAUCAAGGCGAAUAUCUUUAUAAAAUUUUUUAUGUGGAUUAUGGUAAUACAGUACUAGCCGAAAUGCAAGAAUUAAGAGAUUUUGGAGAUUUAACAAAUCAAAUGAUGGAAUUCCCUAUGCUAGCCUUUGAAGUUGUGCUUGCAGAAGUUCAGCCAUCAGAAGUUUGCGACAGUGGCAAUGGUUGGUUGAAAGAAGCCAAUGAGUGCUUUUCAGAUAUGACUGUGGACAAGGAACUCAAAGGAGAGGUAUAUUCAGUUGUUGAAGGUGUUGUAAGCUGUUUCGUGUAUUUGAACUCCACAAAUCUCAAUCUAUGGCUUAUUGAACAAAAGUAUGGACAGUAUUGUGAAGAGAGCUUCCAAUCAAAACAAAAUCAUGAAAUUAGACAGUCUGCAGUAAAUUUAACUGUAGACCAAAUCUCCUUUUACGAUCAAGAGCAAGAGGCUCAUGUUAAUAAUCAAGAUGAAGUAGAGCCUCCAAAUCAAAUUGAUUGCAAGUACACUAUCAAAUUGAAUGGGCCUCAUAGUCCCUUAGAAGCACAGAUUUACCCGCUCAUGCGGGCAACACUAGAAAAACGAGUGACUAUGGAUCCAAAUUCUGUGAAUUCUGUUUUGCUAUCAACUGCUCCACAAUAUGGAAAUGAAUUGCUGAUAGUAGCAGCAGAAAUAUCAGAAUCACAUAAAAAUAAUUCUGUUACAUUGAGAAAUACAACAAUCAUGCCAAACAUUGUUGGAUUACCUGUAUUGAUGACUAUGCUGUUUUGUCCAUCAUUGAAAUUAUUUGCAAAUAAAUCGAUGACCAAAUAUACAAAACUAUUGUGCGGUUUAGGAAGUGAUGAACAAGGUGUACCAUAUUUUAAAGACCAUGAUAUGGAACUAGAUAUUAAUGUUAUUAUUGAUAACGAUGAUAUAAAAAAUAUGAACAAAAUUCGUUGUUACAUUGGACGUAUGUUAUGUUUUUCUCCAAAUGUCUUAGACAAUCCACAUAAUAUAACAAACUACUUGAAAAUGGGGGCUAUUUCUGCAACAAACUUACUCAAGAGUUUGUGGUCAAAGAAUCGGUUUGUUGUUGAUAAUUCAAAUAGCCAGUAUGAAGAAACAAGUUGGUUAUAUAGCCCUGAAUACAAGAGUAACCUGCUCGCAUUACAGGUGCUUUCAAAUCCGUAUAUGCAAUAUUACACUUUCCAUAGUAUUCUUAAAUUGAAUACUAAACCAUUGCAUAAUACUGAUGAUUUAUUACAGCACCAUUUAGAAUUAGCUGAGAAAGCAAAUAAUGCCAUAAUGACACCUAAUUUAGAAUGUGGAAUUUGCGAUGUGCCGUUAAAUUCAAUCUUGCAGUUACGCUUACAUCUGCAUAGCAGGACUCAUAUAGAAACCAUUGGCAAGUUGCAGAGAGAUGUUUAAAGUGAAUCAAGUUACUGUUUUGAACGAAGGUGAACCAAGUCAUUUGAUUUUUCAAAUUUUAUUAAACGCUUUAAUGUUAUGAAAUAUGAAAUAUAUAAAAGUAUUAAUUUUUGACAAAGUUUAAUAUGAUAUAAGGAA